AUGAAGAUCGAUCCGGAAGAGCUGGUUGAGCUCCUCCGUGACUCCCCGCGUGGGAAACAUGCGAAGAGCCAUGUAUCCCAUUUUGCUCCGUAUACCGCCCGAGAUGGUCGCUCUAUUGAACUGAGCAAGUUUCGGCUCCCUACCAAUGGAGGGGAUCCAAGUGACGUGCGUCAGAUCCUCGAUGAUGAACUGUCGCUAGACGGACGUCCGGCACUCAAUCUGGCAUCAUUCGUCUCCACAUACCUCGAGCCGGAGGCGGAGCGGCUCCUCAAGGACAACUACAACAAGAACCUCGCUGACUCGGACGAGUACCCCACGCUCAUGGACAUCCACGCGCGCUGCGUCUCCAUCCUCGCGAACCUCUGGCACGUCCAACCGGGCGAAAGGGCCAUCGGGACGGCGACGACGGGGUCGUCGGAAGCGAUCCAGCUUGGGGGGCUCGCAAUGAAGCGGCGGUGGAAAGAGAAGCGUGAAGCCGAAGGGAAAGACACGUCGAAACCGAACAUCAUCAUGGGGGCGAACGCACAGGUGGCGUUGGAGAAGUUCGCGCGGUACUUUGAGGUGGAAGCGAGGAUCUUGCCGGUGUCGAAGGAGAGCCAUCAUCGGCUGGAUGAGAGGCUGGUGAAGGAGAAUGUGGAUGAGAAUACCAUUGGGGUGUACAUCAUCCUGGGAUCAACGUAUACGGGCCACUUCGAACCGGUGCAGACAAUCGCGGAGCUAUUGGAUGAGGUACAGAAGGAAAAGGGGCUGGAUGUGCCGAUUCAUGUGGAUGCAGCGAGCGGAGGGCUCGUUGCCCCGUUUACCGACGCUGGAGUUGGAGGGGGGGCAUGGGACUUCAAGAUCCGGCGCGUCCACUCCAUCAAUGUCUCAGGCCACAAAUACGGACUGGUCUCGCCCGGCCUUGGCUGGAUCAUCUUCCGCGACCAACACUACCUCCCGAGGCAUCUCGUCUUCGAGCUCAACUACCUCGGCGGCAAGGAGGAAUCCUACACUCUCAACUUCUCGCGCCCGGGCGGCCAGGUCGUCGUGCAGUACUUCAACUUCAUGCGCCUGGGGUUCACUGGGUACAAGCGCAUCAUGGAGAACUGCCUCGCCGUCGCGCGCCUACUCAGCCGCAGCCUCGAAGCGACGGGCUGGUAUCGGUGCCUCAGCGACGUGCAUCGGAAGAAGGGGGACUGGGGGUACCAUGGGCAAAAGGAAUUCGUCCGCAGCGAGUCCAGCGCGGAUUACAACGAGGGGCUGCCGGUGGUCGCGUUCGCGUUCACGGAGCAGUUCAAGAAGGAGUAUCCGCACGUCAAGCAGGCGGCGGUGAGCCAGCUGCUUCGAGCGCGGCAGUACAUCGUCCCGAACUACCCGCUUCCCGCCAACGAGCAGAACACGGAGAUUCUCCGGGUGGUGGUCCGCGAAUCGGUGUCGAUGGACCUGAUAGACCGGCUGAUCGGCGACCUAGUAUCAGUGACGGAGACAGUGAUGCAGAUAAGCGAGGGCGAUCUGGCGGCGUGGCAGUCACUCUCGGCGGACAGCGUGGAGAAAAUGCAUUCGACGAAGAAGCGGAAGCGGAGUGUGGAGGAGGAUCGAAAGCAGGGAAAAAUGGCGAUCCAUACGGCGGUGUGUUAG